AUGCCACUUCUGCAACUGCCUCCCGAAAUCUUGCGAUUCAUUUUCGAGCAGAUCGGCUCCUCGUUCUUCCGCCAAGACUUGAACCGCCUAACCAUCUGCAAACAGUGGUCCGAAUUCGCACUUCCGGAAUGCCAGAGGCGAGCCGUUCUCUCCGACGAAAGCCUAAAGCGCCUAUUCGACUCCCAAGUCCCCGAGCGCCUAGCUACACUAAGAAUCAACUGCAAAGUCUUAGGUCUCUACCUAGGGGGGGAUUCUUCACGCUCCUUGUCCCGGCCUACCCAAACGCAUGCGUGCACGUCAAGUAACCAAGAUACGAGCGAGGCCCUGCGUGACUCAUCUCAGCAAGACACCGUGGCUAGUAGUCAAAGGUUGGAUAAUUACCUAGUCCAGCUUGCUCUACUGGCACACAAGUCUCCCAUGCUGCGUUCUCUUUGUAUCCAAGCCAGGGGCUUCCCCCCAGGUCUCCACACCAGCCAGGGAGACUAUCUUUCGCUGCCCACGAUGCGGUCGCUCCUCUCGGUAGCCAACCUUUCUGUUCUCCUGCUGGAUCUAACAGUCAACUUCUUUGAUUCUGCCGAUUAUACAGAAGCUAGCUGCGAGCUCUGUCCAACCAUUGGAACUCUUCUCGGUCGCCUUCAAGUUCUUCAAGUACGGGUCCGCACUAUCUGCCCCGAUGCACUGAAGCCUCGGAGUCAAGGUUACAAGCUGCGUUUAAACAAGCUCGUAGUCAACCUGAGCUUGACCACUAACGUCGCCUGGCAAACAUCAGCCACGCACUCUAGACGGUGUGGCUCCAGCGGCGGCAUACUUCAACUGAAAACAGACAUGCAGGAACAGGCUGAGAGCCUCGUGCCACGGAUGACUACGCCCGAGAUGCUGAGGAUAGUGACUCAUUCUCUCCCGGCGAUUGAAACUCGGGCUCUAGAUGUCCUUACUGGCAAAAUUAUGAUACUGGAUGACGAUGUAGCUUGGGAUCAAGAUGGGAGAUCUCUCGAGGAACCCGCUACACCGGAGCCUGAACUUUCAGAAGAUGCACUGGCCGCCUUCCUAAAUUCAGAAGAAGAAUGA